AUGGCAAAUACCUCAGACGAAGAGGCUGAUUCACGCACAGCCCUGGUGGGCGCACCGCGCACUCGUUCGAAUCCGCGUUCCACCUCGCGCUCCGCAUCGCACGACAGCACCCGCCCGGCCAAGCGACAACGCCGCAGCAGAAAUAAGAAGGACUCAGAUCUAACCGACUUUGUUCCAAAAGGGGUUGCAUUCAGUGCUAGCCCAUUGCCAGUGGAUCCAGAUAGCACGUCUAGCUCCGGAUCUAGUUCAGCAUCAGCUGAAGAUUCCGAUUCCGAUGCGGACCCAACUACUACUGCAAACCCACACGCCGGCAGCACCGCGCCCGCAAUUAGCUGGAACCAGGGUCGGAAGGCUGCAGUGCGCACAACACUUGGGAAACGAUCAGCGCCGACAAACGAGAAGCCUACUCAAUUUGAAGCGGUGAAUGACAAAUAUUGGCGCAGUCGCAGUGAAUCUGUCGCGUCGGCCAAUGGUGAAGAAAAGCCCAAAGCAAACGAUAAAUCCGACAAUGAUGACGAACUGGAAGAUGGAGAAAUUGACUCCAAGAGUGACACAGAUGAUUCGGAUUCUCUUGGUUCUGAGGCCGAUGACUCUAUCCUGCUGAACAUAGGGGACAAGAUGGAAAUGGAUGGUGCCAACAACUAUGACCCUGCGACUCUGGCUCAUCAACAUGCUUCCAACACCGGAGACUCGAAUAUGAAAGGUGGUGCUACACAAUCCGGACCUGGGUCGAAAGAGGAGGCGUUCCAGCUUUUCUCAAGCAAGUAUCCAAAUGCGCCUACUGCUUUGGUGGACCUAAGCCAGACCGACCUCGAGAUUCUGGCUAACUUCCUAUCUCAUGCAUCGAAUGUCAAAAUGAGGGCCAUAUGGCCGACGUCUGCCCAGCAAAAGAGUGUGAACACUGCGGUGCCUGGAAUCAGCAUCAAAGCAGUACUUGCCCCGACUGGCGACGAUGCCAAAGAUGCCGCGAACGUGGCCACGACGAGCCGCAAUGCGACGCAAAGCUACGCAAUUUCGCAUCCGAAGUGCCCUGUGACUACUGUGGCAAGGAGCACCUGGAAUCCGACUGCGAUUUCCUAUGGAAGUUCCCAACCAGAGAUCUCCACUCCAAACAAGUCACGGUAUCAAUCUGCUGUGCGAAUUGUUGCAGGUAUCGACCCAGACAUGAUCACGAACCUCAACACCGUCAUCCCUCCACAAGAGACCCGCCCACCAAGCCAAAGUCAAUCCCGCAAAAGAGUCAGGGAUUGGAAAUCUCCCUCCCCAGACGACGAUGACAUGAUGUCUCGUGUCUCCCGAGGCCGAGGACGCCCCGUCCCUGCUCCUCGUGGCAAUACCCGUGGCAAGGGCCUUCCCGAGGUCGUGCAACGUUCUCUGGAAACAACAAUCGCCCACGCUCCCCAAAUCCUCCUCUUCCACGGGGUCCUCCACCACGAGGUGGUGGCGGUGGCGGUGGCCGAAGCCGUGGACCACGAGGAGGAGGAUUCUCACGUGGACCACGCGGCGGCGGUAGAGGCCGCGGGUGGUAAGAAAGGCUUAUUCCCCGAUGAGAAUUGGGCAGAAGAUCUCGGCGAACACCGCCAUGUACAUAGCACAGUGUCUACCAUUCCGCUCAGUCUCGACUGA